AUGAUUCGCCUGCCUCUGCAGUGUCUCGUCUGGGGCAGCGUGUUGACCGCCGUCCACACAGAGCCUCCUACUCCGUGCAAACAAGACCAGUACUACAUAAACGAUCAGUGCUGUGAUCUUUGUCCUCCAGGAAUGAAACUGGUGAACGACUGUUCCAAGGACGUCAGCACACAAUGCCAUCCUUGCGGUCCAGAUGAAUUCCUGGGCACCUUGAACAGAGAGAGACACUGUCACCAGCACAAAUACUGUGAGCCCAACCUAGGGCUCCAGGUCCAGAAGAAUGGCACCUUGAAGACAGACACCACGUGCAUCUGUAAAAAGGGCCAGCACUGCACCAGUGACGCCUGCGAGAGCUGUGUCCCACACAGCUCCUGCCCUCCUGGCUUUGGGGUCACGGAGAUCGCUACAGGUGUUUCUGAUACCGUCUGCAAACCCUGCCCAGUCGGCUUUUUCUCCAAUGUGUCAUCUGCUUUGGAAAAGUGUCACCCUUGGACAAGCUGCAAGACCAAAGACCUGGCAGAACUGAAGGCGGGAACCAGCAUGACUGAUGCUGUCUGUGGUCCCUGGUCUCGGAUGAGAGCUCUGGUGGUGAUCCCCAUCUCAUUGGGCAUCCUGUUUGCUGUCCUCUUUGUGUCUGCCUUUAUCAGUAAGGUGGUCAAGAAGCCAGAGAAUAAGGUUCCCCCUGGUAAGGGCGUAAGGAAAGAUCCCGAGGAGUCGUUUUUCCUAGAGGACCUUCCUAGCUUUAACCCGGUGGCUCCAGUGCAGGAGACCUUACACGGGUGCCAGCCCGUCACCCAGGAGGAUGGCAAAGAGAGCCGCAUCUCAGUGCAGGAGAGACUGUGA